AUGGGUGGCGGUCCCAAGAUUCCCUAUCCCAAGCACGUCUGGUCGCCGGCGGGUGGCUGGUACACUCAGCCCUCCAACUGGAAGGCCAACACGGCCGUCUUUGGCCUGGCCAUCGUCGCCAUCACCGGCGCAGUGUGGAAGCUGAGCGCGGACCGGGAGUACCGACACAAGAUGCCAGAGCCCGGCAGGUUCUUCCCUAGCAGAUACUGGAGCAAACAGAUCAUAGAACACGAGAAGAAGCAAAAGGAGCAAUCACAAUAG